AUGUUGCCGUACCAAGCGGUAGCCAUGGACUAUGCGGUGGCUUCCGCUAGUUUUCAUCAUCAUCAACGGCCUGGUGGGCUGCCCGGAGUGAUGGGCCUUUCCGGACCUGGGCCCGGACUCAAUCCAGGCCUGAACCCGGCCUUCACUCAUUCCUGGUUCGUACAGACAAGCCCGGAUAUCUGUCGGCAGCAACAAGCAUCCAACCAAUCGCAUCUCGAACCUGGUAUUCUCGAACUGCGAAAGGAGAAGAGUCGUGAUGCGGCGCGCUCUAGACGUGGGAAAGAGAAUUAUGAGUUCUACGAACUGGCGAAGAUGCUACCACUACCCGCCGCAAUCACCAGUCAGCUAGACAAAGCGUCCAUCAUCAGACUGACCAUAAGCUACCUCAAGUUAAGAGACUUCUCCGGUCAUGGCGACCCGCCGUGGAGCCGCGACCCACCGCCUACGAGUAAGGCGCUUAAAGGCGCUCAAAGCAGGCGGACGGCUGCUGGCCUCGCUAUGGAGCUGUUCGAGCAGCACCAAGGCACACAUAUACUCCAGUCUCUCGAUGGAUUCGCACUAUCUGUAGCGGCCGACGGGAGGUUCCUGUACAUAUCUGAAACUGUCUCAAUAUAUUUAGGAUUAUCACAAGUAGAAAUGACGGGUAGCAGCAUAUUCGAUUACGUGCAUCAAAACGAUCACGCAGAGAUCGCAGAGCAGUUGGGACUAUCACUGGCUGGAAGAGGGAGUACCACUGGCUUGAACAGCCCCGCAUCAGGGAGCGAAGAGGGUAGCCAGCACGGCACCAAUAAUCCUGAUGUAUCAUCACAAAUGAGCCUCGCUGCAAGUGGCGUCUUGUUCAGAGGCAUGGAUCGAGCCUUCUGCGUAAGGAUGAAGAGUACACUCACUAAGCGUGGCUGUCAUUUUAAGUCAUCUGGAUACAGGGUGGUACUGAUGCUGUGCCGUCUUCGACCGCAGUACACGUUUUCCCACAGUCGCAAGUCACCACCAGCCCUUCUAGGAAUGGUAGCACUUGCGAUCGCUCUACCACCGCCAUCAGUUCACGAGAUUAGACUCGAAUCGGAUAUGUUCGUCACGAGGAUUAACUUCGACUUCCGAAUAGCGCAUUGUGAACCCAGCAGGGUGUCGGAACUCCUUGGGUACACCGCUGAAGAACUCACCGGGAAAAAUCUCUACGCGCUCUGCCACGGCGAAGAUGCCAAUAAACUAAGAAAAUGCCAUGUAGAUUUAAUGAACAAAGGGCAAGUGUUAACGCAUUAUUACCGGGUGAUGAACAAGCUGGGAGGGUACACUUGGAUGCAGACGUGUGCCACCGUCGUCUGCUCGUCCAAAAACGCCGAAGAACAAAAUAUCAUUUGCGUUAAUUAUGUCAUCAGCGGACGCGAAUAUCCCAAUACGGUAAUGGACUGCUGCCAGUUAGAAGAAAGUGUCCAAGGAGUGAAACGUGAAGAAACAACUGGCGACCCAGAGAACGGACCACCAGACGCUGACACUCCAGGAGCUCCACCUCCACCGCCACGCCAUACCACAGAAAGAACCGAAGCAUCGACCAACUCUGAAUCUGCUUCAACUGUACCACCAACAUCAGAUGUAACACACCUAACUAGACUUAACGACACCCAGCCAUUACCUCUCCAUACUAACACAGAAAGAACCUCACCGAUGCCGGCAAGAAGACUGAAAAAACGAAAGCACACUACCGACUGUGAAGAAGACACAGAAAGAGACGAAGACAGACGGAAGAGCAGUUCCAAUCCCGGCGCAGCAAUAUCUCCCGCUGAAAGAGACAUGACGAAAACAAACCUAGCAAUGCCAGAAGGGACUAGUGAUGCAACUUCAGUGAGAGACUUGGAGAAUGCAAUGUCCAAACAUUUGCCAUCGUUGGACGGUAAGGAAAUUUCGCAUAGGCCAACUGACUUUUCCACGGACGCUCUACUAAAGCAGCAACAACAGAAAUCAACGAUUCAAUGGAUAGGCGCACAAAAUCAUCACCUAAACCACCUCAAUCGACAGAUACCUGGCAACCACACCCCGAAUCCAGCGUCGGCGUUAUUAAGACAACUUUAUGCGAACAGGGAGAGCGUUAUCCGUAGUAACUUCUUGGGGGAUGGAAGGGGUGGUGGAUAUUACUCCAGUGACGGUCAGACUGGACCACUCCCCACACCACCAGGAAGUGAAGGAUCGGGUUAUGGAGAGCAACUCGGUCAUAAAAGCACCGAAAUCGGGUCCCUAGCUUACACCAGUUACGGUGAUUACCAUUCGACAAUGACCCCACCCGGAUCAGUUUCUCCUAGAGAUAAACAGCAAUAUGCAAUAUCAUACGAUAAUAGCGCUUAUUCCGAUGCAUUAAGGCAUUCGUAUUUGGGUGAAGCUCCUUUACCGUUAAAGCCCCAAGCCUAUUCGGCAGUUCCAGGGGCGUUAGAUUAUGCGUCCCCAUUAGAUCAAUCUCAGUUUUUCCAUCCACCAUCAUCAUUCCAUCUCUAUCAUCCCCAAGCGCAUUCUACGCAUCCAUCUCAUUCGCACCAACCAGUAGAUAAGACAGCGCCACCAAAUACAAAUUGGUACUCCGCUGGGUCAUAG